AUGGCCGUGCCGUCCUCCGCCGCCCGUUGCCGCCUCGUGCACCUACACUUCUACAUGCACGACAUCAUCGGCGGGCCGGGGCAGACAGCGGUGCGGGUCGUCAGGGGCCAGGGCCCGCCGCACCCGUCCAUGCCGGGGAGCUACUUCGGCGACACGGCAGUGAUCGACGACCUCCUGACGGAGGGCCCUAGCCUGACGUCGAAGGCCGUCGGCCGGGCACAGGGCACGUACGUGCUGGCCGCCAUGGACGCCCCCGUGCUGGCGGUGAGCGUGACGGUGGUGAUCACCGAGGGGCCGUACAACGGGAGCACCCUUGUCAUCGCCGGCCGCGACGACAUCUCCCAGGAGGUGAGGGAGCUCGCGGUGGUCGGCGGGACAGGGCAGCUCCGGCGGGCCACCGGGCACGUGGUGUGGAGGUCGGCCGAGGACGUGUCAGCGGUGUACAUGGUGCUGGAGCUGGACGUGCACGCGACGGUACCGAACGGCGCUGCUGCUGGUCGUCGUCAUGGAUGGGGCUGGCCGGCCGCCGCCGAGGGCAUCAGGAACAUGUCGGCCGGUUUGUCCGCUGAUUCCUAG